AUGAGAACCAGCGAUGAACAAGAGCUUUACCCGAUUGCUGUGCUCGUGGACGAACUUAAAAAUGAAGACACCCAACUUCGUCUGAAUGCCAUUCGUAAUCUGGGCACCAUCGCCAUGGCCCUGGGUCCGCAAAGAACUCGAGAUGAACUUAUACCCUUCCUUAACGAUUCUAUUUCUGAUGACGAAAUCCUGUUGGCGGUGGCGGAUGAGUUGGCCGACUUUACCGAGUAUGUAGGUGGACCCGAAUAUGCCCACUAUAUCCUAGGCCCACUCGAACAUUUGGCAUCGAUUGAAGAAGUGCUCGUCAGAGAUAAGGCGGUAGAGUCUUUGUGUAAGAUCGGCUGUGUACUCAGCACAUCGCAGACGGAACAUUACUUUGUUCCAUUGAUAAAACGGUUAACGAGCGGUGAAUGGUUUACGUGCCGUAUCUCUGCUGCUGGACUGUAUGCUACAGCCUAUCCCAAAUGCACAUCCGAGCAACAAGAAGAAUUAAGAAGUUUGUUCACUCAACUGAUGCAAGACGAGACUCCCAUGGUGCGACGAUCCGUGGCCAAAACCGUUGCAGAUUUUGUCAAACAAGUGUCGAAAGACCAAUUAUUGAACCAGAUCUUGCCCAUGUUCAUCAAAUUGACCAAUGACGAUCAAGACACCGUACGAUUACUGACAGUAGAAGGCUUAGUCAAAAUCGCGCACAUGCUCAGCCAAGAAGAACGCAAGCAAUAUUUGCUUCCCAUUCUGAAAUCACUAGGCCAAGAUCGAUCUUGGAAAGUACGUUACAUGGUAGCAUCUCACUUUUCAGAGAUCUGCGAAGCCUUUGGUGAUACCGUGUCUCGUGAAGACAUGGCUGCUCUGUUUUUGGCCUUGAUUAAGGAUACGGAAGGCGAAGUAAAAGUCAUGACGAUUGGUCAAACACCAGCCUUUGCAAAAAUGAUUGACGAAGUGAUUAUUGUGGAUAAAUUGCUUCCUUGUAUCAAGGACUUGGUGCUCGAUACAAACCAACAUGUACGUGCGGCUGUAGCAACCCACAUCAGUGGAUUAGCUCCUAUCCUUGGAAAAGAUUUAACCAUUGAAUAUUUGCUACCCCUCUUUCUUCAACUGCUGAAAGACGAUUUCCCGGAUGUGAGAUUAAAUAUCAUUUCCAAAUUACAAAACGUCAAUCAAGCCAUUAUUGAAUACAUCCCGUUAUUGGCAUCGGAACUCGGAGUGGCGUUUUUCGAUGAAAAGCUUCUUUCUCUCUGCCUGUCUUGGUUGGGUGAUGCGGUAUUCUCGAUUCGCGACGCGGCCACCACCAAUCUCAAACAACUCGUGGAUAUCUUUGGUUGUGAAUGGGCCAAAAAUACAAUUAUUCCCCAGGUGAUGAAGAUGUCGACCAACGAGAACUAUCUAUACCGUAUGACCACGCUGUUUGCUUUCACAACCAUGGGUCCAUCAUUGACCACGGAUAUCAUCAAAGAGUCUGUAUUACCGACGGUUCUUGCCCUUGUGGAUGAUCCUAUUCCUAAUGUUCGUUUCAAUGUGGCGAAAUCGCUCGAAGUAUUGACCCCUAUGUUGCGUCAAAACGAAGCCACGAAUGAACUUGUCCAGUCAAAGGUGGCACCUGUUUUGCAAAAACUGAACAGCGAUGCGGAUGGAGAUGUAAGGUGGUUUGCAGAAAGAGCAUUAUUGACAGGUAAAAUGACAGAAAAAUGGGGGCCUUUUCUUUUUUUUUAA